CCAUUCCUGGGAAAGAAGGUUAGAGUUGCGGUGUUGCAACGGCUUCCUUGGCUCCGUUUGAACUUCACCGGUGACACUCAUAACAUGGAUGACGUGCAAAUGUCUGGACCUAUGGCCAACCUGUUGGAUCUGCUCACUGAAAAUCUGGGAUUCACCUACACUCUACAUUCACCCGAGGACGGCCAUUGGGGGGUGCCUUUGCCGAAUGGAAACUGGACAGGUCUGGUCGGCAUGAUGCAUAACAACAUGUCUGAUUUGGCACUGGGACCUUUAGUCAUGACUUACGGUCGUUCUCUAGUCACCACAUUCAGCUCCCAAGUGACUACCGACUACCUGACCAUCUUGGCCGGCUUUCCCAACGUCAUUCAUGCAAGCAUCUUCGGCACACUGAUGGCCUUUGAGUUGAAGGUGUGGCUGGCUCUGCUUGCUUCCCUGCUGUUCUGCUUCUCCACAGCCGUGAUGUUCGACUUAAUUUCACAAAGGAAGAUGGGCACUCCCAUCCGGGACAUCUUGCUGGCAAACUGGUGGACGUAUUUUUCUGUCCUGUUCAACGAAGCCGCGCCACGACCACCACGUGGUACGCCUUCCAGGAUCGUAUUCGCCAUGUGGUGGCUGACAGUGGUUGUGCUCAUGAACGCUUUCACGGGCCACAUGAAGGCUACAAUGAUGGUACGACGCGAGCCCGACCGCAUCGAUUCCAUGAAGGACCUCGCUAAGCAUAGCCAUAUGAAGACAUUUGUGUGGAAGGGCAGUGCCUACGAGUCGCUGCUUAAGAAUUCGCUGAAUAUACCCGAGUACCAGGCCGUAUGGAGAAUGGUCGUUCGCUGCAACGGCACCAUCGAAACCAAGUCACUCUACUCCAGAUCCAACCUCAUCGAAGUUCAGCGAGGAGUCGCGGCCAUAGUCGGCGACGCAACCACGAUGCGCUACCACGUGGCCACAAACUGUGGCGUGUUGAGGCACGGCACCUUCUACUUCUCGAAAGAGCAGUUCUUCCCGCACAAGUAUGCCGUGGCGCUCAACCGCUACGAAGACCCAGCUUUCGUCGCCGCGAUCAACCAACGCAUCAGCUGGACGGUGGAGAGCGGCUUGCUGGACGGCUGGAUGGAGGAGCAAUAUGGUGACUGGCGCAAGUGCUCCGCCGGCUCAGAUGAUGUGUACAAGCCCCUGUCGCUGUUCGAGGCGCAGUCCAUCUUCGUCAUCUACCUCAUGUUCAGCGCCGCGGCAGCCAUUGGAUUCCUAGGCGAGCUUCUUGUUGGUGGGCUUCCAGUUCUGAAAAAGAAGUCAACUGUACGGAUCAUCGUUACAACUGAAUCAGACGGAUGGAAGGCAGCGCGUCGCAUCAUUCAUCACGCACCCAGGACCGAACUGCGAGCUCGCUGGCCACAAUACAUAGACAAUAUGCAGUUCAUACAACCUUCCAUGCCCUGA